AAUAAAAAAAUAAAUCUGUGAUUCGCAUAUAAAAAAGAAAACAAAACAAAAGAAUAAAGACAGCAAUUAUUUUCAUACUGCACUUUUUCCAAAAGAAACCAAAAAAACAAAACCAAUAAAAAUUUUAUGAUAAAAGCAUAUAAUUUAUUAAACACAUUUUAACACAAAACAAAAAAUAAACAAACUAAAAGACAUAACAUAUAAAAAGUAAAAUAAAUAAAAACGGCACACGCAAUAGCAGCGGACACGCCUCGAGGAUAAGGCCAAGAACCACAGCAGAAGCCACCGCAACCGCAACACCGCAGCAGCAGCAGCAGCCGCAGCCGCACGACACCGAACCGCAGCAGCAGCAACAACAACAAAUUCACACAAGGUCAACGGAAUUAAUAUUUUUUAAAUGGAAAUCAUUCCUGAAGGUAAACACUUUCGUUUGGUGCAUGAAUCAGAGCUUCCAGAAAUUUUGGUAACUUUAGAGCGCUAUCUGCCGGAAUCAUUAAAGUUUCAUCAAACCAUAAAAACGUACCUGAAUGAUCGUAUUUGGGAUUUUAAGUUUUAUGUUGCCAAAGAUUGGCCCGAAAAACCAAUAAUACUUCAUUUUCCAGGAUGCACGCUUGCGCCGCACAACAACAUUUACCAAACUCUGGGCAUAUUUUGCCCAUCCGCACACAUCGAGCAUAUCGAUAUGAUGCGCACCGAAAAUGUACUUAUAGAUUGGCAGAAGCCUAUGUACCUGAACUUUACGCACAUCGCCAUUAUGAAUCGCCUGGAUGACUUCUACUCGAAGUUUGGGGUGAUGGAGCGACUCAGUGGUGAUAUUUAUGUGUGCAAGAAGCUCAAUGCGGAAUUGGAGCUGGAACCGCUGCCGGAGGAUGCGGAGAUGCGUCUGCUGACCCUCGACAACGUGCAGGGCAUACACGAACUAUAUCCUGCCAAUGAAAUCGAAUGCGUUCGGCUCUUUGACAUACUUGUGCGUAAGCUGCCCGGCUUGGGCAUCUUUCGCAAGGACACCAAUGAGCUGGCCGCAUGGAUGGUCCACUCGUAUUAUGGUGCCAUGUUUUCAAUGCAAACACGUCCAGAUUAUCGUCGCAUGGGUUAUGGCAUUCGUUUGGCCAAAUCUUUGACUCAGUUGGUCAUUGAGCGUGGCUAUACGCCCUUCGUUGUGAUACGUCCAGGGAACGAUGCAUCCCGCAGUCUGUACACGAAGCUUGGCUACGAGAAGGCCUUCGAGACGUGCCGCGUGCGUAUGACGCCCGAUUGCUAUGAGGACAGCACAGUGGGCACCAUAAGUAACUCAUCCUAUGCCAAGUUUCCGCCGCUACCUCAGGGCGAGUGCGUCAUUGUGGCGGGGCGUAAGGUGGGGCCCGGCGACAGCCAGAGCCAGACCGUCGACGAGGGCAUCGAGGAUAUGUUGGCUGAAAAAUGUGAUAUCCGCAGCGAUGAGGCAAGGCCCAAGACCACAACGGACGAGGGCAUUGGCGAGGACAAGUAGUAGGACAAACAGAUUUCGGCGCCUAUACCUACGCUAAUACUUAUGCUUAAAGCUGUAAGCACCACUCUUAGGACUCUUUAGGACAGACAGGACACAAAAAGAACAAGGCACAACAGAACAAGUGGCGCUGAUUUUUUAAAAACAAUUUAAAACAUAUUAAUGGGAAAACUUACGAGUAUAUUUAUAGAUGGUAUAUGAAGCUUCCUCACACAGACAGCAUGGCGGAGAGAGCGAAUCGUCGGAGUGCGCGGACAUUUCGACAGCAGUUAAAUAUUGGAUUUAUUUUAUAAUGGGGGUAUUGAUAAACAAUUCGAGAUCAAAGUCUACGUAGAGAAUGAACAAAAAAACAAACAAGAAACCAGAAAGAGACAAAACAAAUGCUGAAGUCCGACAAUUUUUAAAAAGCGAAACGAAGACAGACAGAAAGAGAAAGAGAAAGAGAGCGAAAGCGAGAGAGAGAGAAACUUUUAAUUUUUUGCUAAAAAUGCUUUUACAAAAAUGAACUCCAAGAACGUGGAACAAGCACAAAAAACGAAGGAAAGAAUGACAUAAAAUAAAAGGAGCGCAUCAAUUUAUUAUAAACUACUAUAUAUAUAUAUUAUAUAUUAACUCUAUAUAUCAAAUUGUUAAAUGAACUAAACGAAAACACACAACAACAACUAACUACUUCUCUCUUCUGGCUCUACACGCGACAACAGCAACAACAAAAGGAAACUCUCUGAAAACAAAAGGAAAUACAAAUCCAACAAUUAUUUCGCUUGGGCCAUGGAACAGAGCUUUGCACACGUUUCCUCCUCCUCCUCCUCCGCCUCUUUUUUGUGACUAUUUAAAUGCAGCCCAAAUACUAUAAGACAAAUAUAUUUUUCAGAUAAUAUUCCAAUAAUUUCUGUGCCCAAACGAAAUGAUUUGAUUUUUGAGACGAGGCAGACAUUUGGAUUUUUAGGCUUUUUUCAAAUUUAUAUAUACAAAAAAAAAAUACCCCAAAAGAAAGGAUAAACGAACAAAAAGCGAAAACCAAAACAAAAACAAAUACAACAAAUAAAUAUAUAUAUUUUAUUAUUACGAAAUUUUAUUAAACUAUGCAAACGAGUACUCAAUGAUCAAUGAUUUUUUGCUCCUAUUUAGCCUGAACUAAACAAAAAA